AUGUCCACUCCGGGCAUCAUCGUACCCUUUGACGUCUCGGCUCAUUCUCAUCUUGUUCCUUACCUCGCAGCCCUCCAUGCUUCAUGUAUCACACAUGAUCACACAAUCGCCACCUUUCUGCUACCGCUGUCACACGAGAAGCUGCUAGCUUGGUGGAAAGAACGCAUUGGGGAGACAAAUGGAGAGAAGAGGGUGAUGCUGCUUCUGGUGAGCGACCUCGAUCCAAAUGGCGCCAUCAGAGGCCCAGAGAUCAAGGGAGUCGUCAUGCUAUGGAUGCCGUAUUCAGAGACGGGCUCGUUCCGAGGCUUUGUAGAAAACCUCCUCGUGCACAAGACACAUCGGGGCAAAGGCGCCGCAAAGGCGCUGAUGAGCGCGAUAGAAACGGAAGCUUUGAGUCGUGGUCGGAAAUUACUGCUGCUUGACACCGAGAGCGGCAGCCAGGCAGAGGCCGUUUUCAAGGCUCUUGGUUACACCGAGCUUGGAAAGGUCCCAGGUUACGGCAUGAGCCCGGCGGGAGGUUUGAAAGACGGCACAUUCUUCUAUAAGACGCUUCAGCUAUGA